AUGUGCAACUUGAAUCAGCCUCCACCCGAAAACGCGCCACCGCCCAUAAUCCCGUUCCCUGACAAUCUCGGAAAGCCGCUUCAACUGCAGAUAGCACUCGGUUUGUUGGCCGUCUCCGUACUGAUCGAUCUUCACUCGCCAUCAAUCGCCCAUUCUUCGCUCGUUCAUUCGAUUCAACUCGUCGCCGCAUUCAUCGGCUUUUUCUUCCUUUAUGAGUGGUGGAAACCGCCUCGUCAAUCGCUCAGUCACAUCACCGUCGACGGAAAUACGAUCACCGAUUUGUGUCGUUGCCAUCUCGUCGAGGAUAACGCCGACACGCCAAUCGAGAAGAAACCCUGUCAAUCGGAGUCAUGCAGUUCGGCGUCAUCAUCAGCACAAACAGCUGUCUCCAGUUCGGCAUCGAUUGCUCAUUCAAACGACAAAGUGAUCGCUCAGAAGCCAACAGAUGACACCAAAGCAAGUCAGAUCCAAUUUAAGGUGACCGACGAUGCCGAGCCACCACAAAGAAACGCCUCCGAGAUUCAACGUUUCCAGGAUCAACGAGACAGGUUUGAAGCCGGGGUGUUCACAUCGCUGCUCGAGCACCAACGGAAAAGGGAUUCCAACGCGGCCGAGCAUACACGGCCAACACAAAGUGAUCGAUCGAUGAAGAGUCAACUGUCGAAGAAACAA